AUGGCAAGCAUCCAUAACACCGAUAGCGCUCUGCGCAUUAUCCGCGCUGCUUUCACGAACGCUAUCUCUGGUAAGGGUGCUGCAAAUGGUUCUCCUUCAGAUGGUGCUACUAUUAUGAAGAGGCAGGCUGCGCAGCGCGCUUCUGAGACUUUCAAGCCCGACGCCCACGUUCCUCGAUCGCACGGAGGUAUCUGGAGCACUAACGGCCCCAUCCCGCCGGACGACGGAUACGGCGACGUGGACUUGAAAAUCGCGAAGAUCUCCGAGAUCGAGACGCAUUUCCACGCCUGCUUCGCUGAGGUUCUAGCAUCAGACCAUCUACGUGUCGAGGAAGCACUCUGCAUGCCGCUCGACCUUCUAGCCGCUAUAGAGCGCCUGGUCAAGGACUACAACCUUGACAUCGACCGCUUUAAAAGCAUGGCUCUGAACAAGAUCAAAGACACGGGCGGUGCCUUGACUCUCAGCAACGUCCUCGCCAUCGAGCAGGAUAUCAAGACGGAACCCGCCAACCGCGACCCCCCGUACACUCUGACAUGCACGCCCGUCUGGCGGUCCGGCGAUAGCGCCCGAUUCAACAGUAGCAACCGUGUCCCCUCUGCUUAUCUGGAGGCCCAGAACGGCAACAGUUCCACCACUACGUUGCCUGCCACUCCGACCUCCUUUUCACCCCUCACCACCGCGGACUCUGUUCUUUCUUCUUCAGUUGGCGCCGCCGCCAAUCAAUCCAUCAUCCACCGUGGCCCGAUGUUCGUCACGCCGGCUAAGCGCAACAUUUCCCUCGACGAGACGUCCGUUCAGCAACGCCGUCCUCAACGCCCUUCGACUGCUUCCUCAUCACAGGCGUACGAAGGCAUGUCGUUGUUGGAAUCAACGAUGCAGGACAUCAUCGACCGAGCCGUCAACGAAGCUGAGGCUCGGCACAUGCAGGAGCAGGAAGCUAUGGAGGCCAAUCACCAGGUUGAUCUCCAAACCAUCCAGGCUCAUUACAGCACCAAGAUCAAUGCCAUUGAGUCCAAACAUCAGGAACAGCACCAGGAGCUCGCCCAGACUGCCCGUAUGAACAGGGCCAAGGAGGCGGUGCUGACGAAGAUGUUUCAGUACCAGUGCAGGCAGUUGGCUCAAGAGAAGGCGGACUUGGAGGCUCAAAUCGUGGCGCUCAAGGACCAGAAGAAAGACGUGGAGAAGCACUGCCAGAACCUUGAGGCACAGAACAAGAAGGCGUCCAAGCUGCAGGAUGACAUGAAGAAGCUUCAGGAUGACAAGAAGAAGCUGCAGGAUGAUAACCAGAAGCUGCAGGAUGAUAACCAGAAGCUGCAGGAUGAUAACCAGAAGCUGCAGGAUGUCAAGCAGAAGUUGGUGCAAGAUGUCCAGACACUGCAGAACAAUCUCGACAUGGCCGGAGGGAAGAUGCGCAAUGCUACGUACUUCUUGAACCUCGCCUGGAAUUCUCUGGUUGCUCAGCUUGAUGAUGCAGCAAACGUGGUCCAACCAGACGCGAACCAGUAG